UGUUUGAGCUCUGUUCUAAAGAAAGUAAUUAAACAGCAAGCACAAUGACCUGUAAGCACAGGGCUGGGUGUCAAACCGCGGACUAGUCGACUAAGUAGGUGGCAUAUUGAUGCGUGUACGUUUGCGGCAUCACGCACUACGUAGGCACAAUGUUUAGUGUAGUGGAGAGUGGAUUGGGCGCGGUUCUUCCUGGUGGUUUGUGUUGUGUGAGGGGCUACAGCGGGCCGGUUCACAGUGGGAAAGGAUGCCUCUGAGGCCGUGUUUACGUCGGAAAAAUGCAGCUCUACUCUGUGUGUCAUCGGUUAAAGUCAGACGAGAUGGAUUUUGCGGAUAAUAACGUUAUCGAGUUAUUUUGGGAAAUGAGGCCUAGCAGGGCGAAGAGUCGGGCUUGAGGAAAUUGGUGUAAUCAGCUAUGGCCUCACAACUCCAGGCGUUCUCCUCCCCCUCGGUUUCCUCCAGUGGUCUUUCACGCUCAAAGAAGCUCAAGCUGGAGAAGCCUGCAUGGGAUGGCGAAAACAGUUAUGGUUUGCAGAGCCCGGGACAAUCCGGAACGUCCUCGCCCUCAGCUCCGGAUUUCAACUCCAAUUAUGGCUCUAACGGCCUCGGCAUUCCUUCUUCCAACGCCGGCCGCGAGCACACGGUCGUACGAGCAGCCGACAGCACCGGCAGCGUCCCUGGGCCUUCCUCCUCCUCAUCUUCCUCCUCCUCGUCCUCAUCGACGUUGUCAGGACACCGGGGCAAAGACGCUUACCAAAAGCAGAGCGGUGUGAAGAGGAAGAGCGAGGAGGUGGAGAGCAGCGACAGCGUGCAGAUCCUGGAAGAGCUCUCUGCCCCUGUGCUGUCCAACCGGGCUGGCGGAGCAGGAGGAGGAGGAGGCACCACUACGGCACAGUCUAUCACUCACUCCACCUCCACAGCCAAGAGCAGCAACUCUCACAGUGAGGGCGACUACCAGCUGGUGCAGCACGAGAUCCUCUGCUCCGUCUCCAACAGCUACGAGGUGCUGGAGUUCCUUGGACGCGGCACCUUCGGACAGGUCGCCAAGUGCUGGAAGCGCGGCACCAACGAGAUCGUGGCCAUCAAGAUCCUCAAAAACCAUCCGUCUUACGCUCGACAGGGUCAAAUCGAGGUGAGCAUCCUGAGCCGGUUGAGCACGGAAAACGCCGACGAGUUCAACUUCGUGCGCUCGUAUGAGUGCUUUCAGCACAAGAACCACACGUGCCUGGUGUUCGAGAUGCUGGAGCAGAACCUGUAUGACUUCCUGAAGCACAGCAAGUUCAGCCCGCUGAUGCUGAAGUGCAUCCGGCCCGUCCUGCAGCAGGUGGCCACCGCGCUGAUGAAGCUCAAGAGCCUGGGUCUGAUCCACGCCGACCUCAAACCCGAGAACAUCAUGCUGGUGGACCCCAUCAGGCAGCCGUACCGGGUCAAGGUCAUCGACUUCGGCUCGGCCAGCCACGUCUCGAAGGCUGUGUGUUCAACCUACCUGCAGUCCAGAUACUACCGAGCUCCUGAGAUCAUCCUGGGCCUGCCGUUCUGCGAGGCCAUCGACAUGUGGUCUCUGGGCUGCGUCAUCGCCGAACUCUUCCUCGGCUGGCCACUUUAUCCCGGCGCCUCCGAGUACGAUCAGAUCCGUUACAUCUCGCAAACACAAGGUUUACCAGCGGAGUACCUCCUGAGCGCGGGAACAAAGACUAGCCGGUUCUUCCACAGAGGACCAGAUGCCAGCUACCCUCUGUGGAGGCUCAAGACGCCGGCAGAGCACGAGUCGGAGCUUGGCGCCAAGUCCAAAGAGGCUCGGAAGUAUAUCUUCAACUGCCUUGAUGACAUGAUGCAGGUUAACAUGACGAAUCUAGAAGGCACGGACGUUUUGGCGGAGAAGGCGGACAGGCGGGAGUUUAUCGACUUGCUAAAGAAGAUGCUCGCUCUUGACGCAGAUAAACGGAUCACCCCGACGAAGACCCUUAACCACUCGUUUGUAACCAUGACCCAUCUUCUGCACUUUCCCCACAGCGCACAUGUAAAGUCCUGUUUCCAAAAUAUGGAGAUCUGUAAACGCCGAUGCACCGCCUUCGACAACAACAAGAACCUCUUCAGCAACAGCAGCGGGCCGAGUGCAGCCACCAACCUCACCGUGACCUUCAGCAGCCAGCUCAGUCAGCACAGUCAGCAGAUGGCGCCCUCUGGUGGCCAGUCUCUGUCUCUGAGCAGCAACGUUCCUCUGCUCAACUACCAGCCGGGUCUGUACCAGCAGGCCACCAUCAACAUCCCGGGUCUGACCCAGCAGAGCGUCCCACUGCAGACCAGACACACGCAGCUGUGCACUCAGACUGAACCCUUCCAGCAGACCCUCAUCGUCUGCCCACCCACUAUACAAGCAGGACUUCAGCCUUCCAGUAAGCACUCGGGAUAUCCAGUGCGGAUGGACAACUCUGUCCCCAUGGUCCCCCAGAACCAGUCCGCUCAGUCCCUGCACAUCCAGCCCAGCAUGCUGACACAGGGCUCCUGCACACCACUGAUGGUCGCUGCCCUGCACCCCCCUGCAGCAGGAGUGCCCCCCCUGUACCCACUGCCCCUAGCAUUGAGCCGUUCGUCUGCGAUAGCAGGGCACCUGAAGCCGAGCACAGCCAUGCUGCAGGGCUGGCCUGCGGGCACACAGCAGAUCCUCAUCCCGUCGGCAUGGCAACAGAUGCCAGGCAUGGCCAUCCAUGGCACCGGUCAGCCUGUCCUUGCUGACUCUCCUAUGAGUUCUCUGUUGGCUGAUGGAUCGAGUCAGUCCAGUGCCAGUUGGAGGGGGCGACAUGGCGGCCAGUGUGAUGUCGCACAGCAGGAUGCUGCACAGGGAUGCCACAUGACCUCACAGACUCUCAACUCCGGCGCAGCCAACAGUCGGGCACAGCAGAGCGGGGUCAAGAGGUCAAAAGUGCGCCAUGCAGAGAGCAGAGACGGGCCCACGUCCUCUGCGCCGCACACCAGCGGUGACCCUUCACAGCCGAUUAUCAUUUCGGACACGCCCAGCCCAGCCGUCAGCAUCAUCACCAUUCCCAGUGACACGGAGGACGAAGACGAUGCCAAAGUCCCGCCCGCAAGUGCGAACCAGCGUGCGAACGUCAUCAGCUGCGUGACGGUGCACGACUCUCAGGACUCGGACUCGUCCACCUGCAGCCCUCUCAGUCCGAAACGCUUGCCCGAGACCAGCGGACAAGCCUCCAAGUCCCUGGCUGUAGUGAUGCCCUCGCUGAAGACUCAGACGUGGGAGGGGGCGACCAGCGAGCAAAGCAGCACAGCAUCCGUGAAAUCGAAGAAGACUUCAGCCCUCCAGUCGUCUCGCUCAGGAUUGUCCAGCAGCGAGCGGCAUCAGAGAACCGUCACCACCAAAACACAGCCUCUCAACCUGAGUCAGGUCCAGCAGCCUGUGACGUCCUCUCACGACAGGUCAGGGGGCGGAUCCCUGAGACGUCAGCCCACAUAUCCUCCCGCAGGUCCGUCGCACUCCUACAGGCUACGCGAGGCUUCGCUCUUUAGCUCCGCCCCCAACCUGUACGCCUACCCAGCCUCGGCUGCGCUGGCCUCAGUGUCGCAGGCCGUGGACCAGCUGCACAACUCCGCCGGCUCUUCCUCGUCCUCCUCCAUCAGGCACACGCGUGCCACCGGGCCUUACUCUGCCUCGCUGAGUCUGCUGCAGAAGAGCAGCGCCAUGGGGCUGAUGGGCCAAUCGGCCGCCUCGCACUGCCAACAGCAGCAGCUCCCCGGGCAGCCGUACCCCCUCAGCCAGAGGAAACUCAACCAGUACCCUUACCUGUGAGACAUGGUCACAUAGCACACCAACCUGAUUAUGGAACUUUUAAUUAUUGUAGGAUUUCUUAAUCGUUAUUUUAAUACUAGUUUUGUUUUUACAUAGUAGUAGUGUUUAUUUUAACGCAGCUUAAGUUAAACCAUAGAGUUAAAUCAGAUCGUCUGACCUAAUGUGUAGUUGACAUCAGUUUACAUUUUGUUCUCAAAACGUAACAGACGGUGUGAGUCUAUAAAAAAAUAAAUAAAUAAUAAAAAUAAUGUCAUUUAGCACUAUCAGUGCCGUUCAAAACACGUUCUCGCUUUAGUUUUCAUCAUGCUCUUAUUGAACGACGGUAAGAUGUUUUUAAUGAACUUUAACCCUAUUUGGGCGGGAUUAGUUUCUCCGGGCGACUCCCGUCAUGAUGUUUCACUCUUCUUCUCCGAAAUAAAACUCUUGCGUCCGGACAACGAUUCAAUUAAUACAGGACGAAGGAGUUUAUGUCGGGUUUUAUAUGAAAUGACGCUUUGAAUAUCGGGAACGUUAGUGGAUUGCUUACAAUUGAUAUUUAUUUAUUUAUUUUUCUCAGUAAAAUGAACAUUAUAUGAUUAAAGAUACAACUGCUCAUCAUUCUUUUCUUUUUUUUUAAAUCUUCCUAGAAGAUGCGGUGUUCGAUGAUAUUGUGUAAGAUGUGAAUCAGCCGCAUCGUGCUUUUCGGAUUUCUUAAUCGUUGAUUAAUUCAGUGUUGCAAAUGGAAAAAAAAAAUUAAAUCAAAUCGAGCACAAGAAGCAGUAAAGUCCGCGUGCCGUCGGGAUUAAAACGAUCGGGUUAGGGUAUGAUGUUCUGCGAUGUUUCAGGAGGAAGGAAAGGAAGACCGUCGUGGCCGAUCCGGAUGAACCUAAUCACGUCCAAAUAGGGUCUGUUUUGAAUUUUGUUGUUUUUUUUUGUUUGUUUUUGUUUACUGACUUCAUGUAUUAAUCAUUUUUAACUGUUUAUUUACAGGUGCCUUUGACUAUAUUAGCACUUAUUAUGUUUUAAUAUAUUUUCUAUGAGUGUUUCGUUAUGUUGCUUUUCUGUGUGUGUGUGUGUUAAUGGAUAUUGUGCUGACAGUCGCAUGUUGUUUAUGUAGAGUCCUAGGCGCUACAUAGUCAGAUGUUUUUAGGCUGCAUCAGCGAAACGAUUAACUGAGCGAGCUACGAAGAGGACGAUGACGACGCACGAAGGCGGUUCUCUGAAGCGGUGGUGUGUCGUCGGUGAUGUAGAUCGCGCUUAAAAACAACGGUUAACAUGGAUGUGUUUGCUCAUAAACUCGUGCAUUGUGUGUCGUUGAGUCCGAGUUCGCAGAGCUAAGCCUGCUUUUCACAAGCUUCUUAUUAGUGGACGUUCUGCUCUAACUAGAAGAUGGUGAUUUCGGUGCUUUUAGGCUGAUCAUGUGUUCGUUUAGAAUAGAUCAAAUCUUGUGCAGUUGUGGAUGUUUCUACUCUUCUAUCAGAACGUGGAGUGUAAAGUAGACCAAACUACGGUGACGUCCUGAUUAAAUAUACAUAUUGUAUAUGCACAAUAAACAUUUUCAGUGUACAUUGA